GCACAUACACGAGAAUGACGUCAAAAGAAGAAGGAUUCCCAUCAUGCAUUUCGGCGCGCAAAUUUUAAUCUUCGACAACAGCAUUACUAUCCUGUUAUCAUCUAUGGAGGAUGAGCAGUCCGGGAGACAGCAGUGGGACAGUCAGACAUGCUGAUCUGUUUGAAGUUCUAUGGAAACAGCUUGGAGAGUGUCAUCAAAGCACAGUUCAAGAACUGGAGGCAAAAGUAAGCAAGUUAAAAAAGGACCGCUGCUUAGAUGCACAGAAGCUGGAGGUGUUCUAUAAUCGCAACCAACAGCUUAAGGAGCAAAAUAAAACUCUGCAGGACACGAUCGGUCUUCUGGAGGAAAGACUCCGAGCAGCAGAGCGUGAUCAGUGUGCUGUUUUUGAGGAGAAGCUGAAAUCCAACCAGGAGCAGAACCUUCAUAUUGUCACAAAACUAAAAAAUGAGAGAAACAGACUGGAGGAAGAAAACAGAAAGCUGUUGAAUGAACUGCAACAGUUAAAAUCAGCUCACAGCCCUACUUCAGAGGUAGGAAGCCCGGAGCAGGAGGAAGGAUUCAUCCCAGACUCACCAGUCCUGCCAAGCUCACUUCCUGUCCCAAACAAGCUGAAGAAACGGAAACAUGGUGAUAAAGUGAAACACUUCCGAUAUGCAGAGAUGUCUCCGCGGCAGCGCGACAACUUGCUCUUCUACGAGCAAAACAAAAAAGCUGCUAGAGAUGGAAGGAAUCCCAGGAAAACAGAAGUGCUGGUGCCCAACACUUGUGAACUGGAUGCACCCCAGACAUCCAAUGAUGUGAAUGAAGGUGUGCUGGAAGCUAUCCCAGAUACCUGUGGCUUUGAACUUGCUAACAAUCUCAUUGUAAAGGAGACGGCUCCAGAUCAUCAACGUGCCUCUAGAAGUUCCUGGAAGCACAAUGCUCAUUUAAAGCCCUACGAGCGCUCCUCUGUGUCCACACUGACCCACAGUCCAGACUCCACCACGGAGAGGUCCCCGUCUGUCCUCCCUCCUGUCAAACGCUUUUUAGAAGAAGGCUCGGUCUGCAGCGCAAAACGCAAAAAGGACGAAAGUGUUUCACAGAGACUCUGCGAAGCAGGAAUCCAGGGAGGGGGCAAACAUGAGCAUCCCAGAGACGUCAACCAAACAGCGACUUCUGUUUGUGAGCCACCAGUUAAUAAGGGCCAGUCAGCAGAACACAUUGGGACCAGUCAGAAAGCUAGAGCUCCUGGUUUCAGUUCUGAUUUCAAGAAGCCGCCGAGUAAAUCUAAGUCAGAAACCGAUGGGAAGAAAAAAACGCCUCUGCAGGAUCAGGAUGCUUCACACAAACAACCAAAAGAUGUCGACAAGCAGCUCACAGUGGAGCCGGCGUGGAGCAUCGAUCCUGCACUGGCUCUGUCCGUGUACGACAGCGAGCAGAGGAGAGACGAGGAAAUAGAAGAACAGCGGCAUCACAGAGACCUGGCAGACACGGACUGCACUUGGGUCAGCCACAGCAUGCUGCAGCGGCGAGGAGGAGACGGUCCGAGCAGAGGAGACACGAAGUCUGGACUCGGCCAGAAGGCAAACGACAGUUUGGAUAUGAUGUUUGACACAACAGCUUAUGGGGAGUAUAAGUCCCAGUUAGACCGGAGCAGGCCUGAUGAAGAGGAUGAAGGGCAAGAUGAAGAGGAGGAACCGCAUGACGAAGAUCCUCGAUCCAGAUCUGGACGGCCAACAUUUAAACACGUGGCAGUAAUCCGCAAGAAGGACGAGAGAAGAAAACUGAAGGGCACCACCUGUAAAGAAUGUGACGUUUACUACGCUCAUCUGCCAGAGGAGGAGAAACAGAAAAAGCUGUCUGCCUGCUCCAGACACCGAUAUCUGCACAUUCCUCCGUGUACUCCUGAAAACUUCUGGGAAGUGGGAUUUCCAUCGACACAGACGUGUGUGGAGCGAGGUUACAUCAAGGAAGAGACGAACCCCCAGGCUCGUUCACGGAGACGACAACCGUUUAAUGUUUUAUUCUCUCCAAAGCAACGGCAGCAGCAGACCUGAAACAUCCCUCACCGAUUAGUUCUAAUUAUUCCCUUAAAUCUCUAUAAAACCCUGAACUCUUGCAGAGUUCAAACAUUGACACUGUCUAAUAAAAAUAACUUAUAAAAACCUGA